AUGUCGACAGCGACCAAAUAUGGCUGUUUAAUUUGCGAGCCUGGCGAAUUUGUGGGUGCGGUUGUGCUGAAGCGGCUCGAGGAUGCCGUGGCCGACCAGGACAACAUCCUGUCUGUCAUUGCAGCGUCGGCGCGCAAUGACUCUGGGCAAGCAAGCUCCAUGACGCACUCGAACCACCGGGCACAAGAGAGCCUCAUGGGCGAGGUGCUGCGCAAGGCACGUGUCGACGCCUCCGAAGUGUCGUAUGUCGAGAUGCACGGCACCGGCACCCAGGUGGGCGAUCUGGCCGAGAUGACAGCGGUUGCCAACAGGUUUGGUGGUUGGGCCAGGGGUGCAGGUGAUGGGGGUGAAGGUUGGACUUCUUCUGGACAACCACGGCGGGGGCGGGGCCGGGGGCGGGACGGCCCGCUCAUGGUGGGGUCAGUCAAGGCCAACGUGUUACCGGGGCUCAUUCUCCCACAAGCUGGCCUGUUCAACCAGAAGAUCGAAAACAACUUCCCCGACCUCGAUCAACUCGACAUACAGAUUCCAACGCAGCUGGCGCCCGUUCAAUCGCGCCCAGGGGGAACACAUACCAUUCUCAUCAACUCGUUUGAUGCCUCAGGGGGCAACGGCUGUCUGCUCAUACAGGAGCCACCACCACUACUGUCACCACCACCGCCCAGCCAGCAAGCUGUUUCCCCCGAAUUCAACCCUGGACCCGAUCCUCGCACUCGCCAUGUCGUCGUCACGUCGGCCAAAAUGGCAGGCGCCCAGCCAACAAGCCACGCUUCUAGAAUUCCUCCAGGUCAACCACAGCACCCCACUCGCCCAUCUCGCCUAUACGACGACUGCACGUACUUAGGCUCCAUUACCCGCUACGCUCCGCCGGGCAGUCGACUCGGUCACAAAUCUCAUCGACCAGCUCCAGGCAGAUGUUGCCAGUGCCAGCAGGUUCUGCCUACAGUGGCUUGGGUUCCCAUUUGUUCGCCUAUAGCCCUCCAUUUCGAGAUAAGGCGAAGCUCAGUGUUCGCUUGGCUGUCUCCUUUGGCCUGCCUCCCCUUUUUGCACAUCAUCGCCGAUAGCAACUGCGACGAGUCGAUCCAGACGGCCGUCCAAGUCCAGCUGGCCGUCAUUACCCUCGAGGUAGCGCUGGCUGCCUUGUGGGCCAUUUGUGGCAUUAAGCCCGCCAUGGUAGUUGAUAUGUUAUUUCUCGUCGGUCGACGUGCUCAGCUGAUCGAGGAGCGCUGUGAGGCAGGUACCUACGACGCUAUGCUGGCCUUGGCCAUCAAUGGCGGAGAGGCUAUCCUUACACAUGGUUCCUUCAUUAUAUCCCCAUACUGGGGAGAUAGUCUUGUCCACAUCGCAGGUUCCAUACUGGAUUGCAAUCCCAAGAAACCCUUGAGCGAAGUGGCUAUGCUACAAUUCUUUGGCUCAUGCGACUUCUUAGAACCUAUAUCUGCUGUGAAGCCCUAUGGCGUUUAUGCCAGGGUGGGCACACCUGGAAAUGCCCCAACUCUCAUUGAUGUCUGGUCUUUGAUGGAGAUCAUCUGGUCAUGCAAUACAGCUCCCAGCUUGGAGCGUAAGCAACCGAUUUCAUCGGCUGCAUCAGCUUCUGCAUCCCUAAAGAGAUCUACUUCACUAAUCCCUGCUGUCACUGCUGGUCUAUCGCCUCUUGCAAUCUAUGUACAAAUCAAGCUUGAGAUGGAAAUACAAGCAGGAUUAUUCUGCCAGUAUCCCAUGAUAGAGCACGUCGCUCAAGCUCUCAGCUCUCAGCACAAAAAGAACCUAAUGGCUGCUAUUCUCGAAGCCCUAGCCGCUGAGACCGGUGUAGAUGCAGCAGAGUUAGACGACUCGGCUUAUUUACCGGAUCUGGGAGUUGACUCCAUCAUGGCUAUCCAGAUUGCAACAGCGGUUCAAAAUGCAACUGGGGUCAAGAUUGGUGCGACUUCUUUGCAUGGCUGCCCUACAGAUGGAGACCUGCGACGAUUCUUUGCGGACUCUGCCGAUUUCUCAGGUUUUUAUCGUGGGAAAGUUGCGUCGGCUGUGAAUCCAUCCCCAAAACCAUCGCCUAUCUCACACAGUUCCUGGGAGGCCCUCCAAGUGACGUUGGCUACUCAAGAGAGCACAGAAACUUUGCGCACUACUAGCCCGUAUGAGCUAACACAUCCACGGAGCAGGACCACGACUCCAGAAAUGAUUAGCAACAACGCCUCAGUCGUUCGAACCAUGAUCCGCUCCCAAUCAUCCACUGGGUUGGCGACAAAGCCUCAGUCCAAUACACAGGACUCGGCCAUCAAUACCACAUCUAGUGGCACAAUGGGUAAACCACGAGUGAACAUGGUACUCAUGCAUGGGCAACUCAACAACAACCGUCCAGUCUAUGCUGUGGAAUCUCCGUUUCUUUCUUGCCCGGAAAAAUCCGCCUCUGGUGGGGAAGAGGUGGCUGGUAUCAUGGCUGAGGCCAUAAGCAAGCAGCACAAGGGCCCAUAUCUCUUGGCCGACUACUCUGGCGGCUCCAUUCUGGUCUACGAGGCAGCGCGCCAACUACUCUUCGCAGACCACGAAGUACAAGGUCUUCUCCUCUUCGACAUGGCAGCACCCACAGUCUGGCACGGCAAGCACCCAGUAGCCAGGCUUGAAGUUCUAGUAGAAAUGAUGCGGCAAACCAUGCCCCUCACCUGCCCUCCUGCGCAAACCGUCAUGACGUGGUGCAUGCGCGGUGUGGCUGAACGCCUGGACGAUGCCUUCCAGAAGAAGUUGGCCGAUAAUGGCAUGUCAUGCGACCCUGUACCCAACUUGAUGGAAGAGGCUGAAGAAUGGCCGUUCAAUGCGAUGGUUACUCCUAAUAAGCCCCUGGUGCCGAUGGGGUGGGAUUACAUGGUUGGGCCACUACAUUGCCUGUCUAUCGAUACUGACCAUUUCUCUAUGGUUUCGCCGCCGGAUACCUGCCUUGGUGUAACCGCUGAUCUGAGCGAGGAAUACCGCUUGAGUUCCCUUCAUAAUUUAGAUGUGCAAGUGCCUCCAUUCCAGUGGCAAUGGAGCAGAGCGUCUAGCAUUAGACUUUAUCACGUUCUCAGUGACGCAGACAUAGACGAGUUCGGAGCCAAUGCUUCUACUACAAUGCGUUUGGCCGCUUUAGCCGAUCAGGAUAUUGCAACCGAGUCAGGCUCAGGCGUACAUGAAAUGAACGUAAAAACAUAUACAUAG